AUGAUCUCCAUCACCGAGUGGCAGAAGAUUGGUGUGGGCAUCACCGGCUUCGGCGUCUUCUUCAUUCUCUUCGGGAUACUCCUGUACUUCGACUCCGUACUCCUGGCUUUCGGCAAUCUGCUGUUCCUGACCGGCCUCUCCCUCAUCAUCGGCCUGAGGAGGACAUUUUCCUUCUUCUUUCAACGACACAAGCUCAAGGGGACCAGCUUCUUCCUGGGGGGUGUAGCCAUCGUGGUGCUGCGCUGGCCGCUGCUGGGCAUGCUCCUGGAGGCCUACGGAUUUGUUAGCCUCUUCAAGGGCUUUUUCCCUGUGGCCUUUGGAUUCCUAGGCAGUGUUUCUAACAUCCCCUUCCUGAGCACCCUGUCACAGAAAUUUCAAGGCUCCAGCUCAAUGGUCUGA